UGAGUCUUUUCUGAGUUAAUUCUUUUUCUAAUGAUUUACCAAACGCAGACUUUUCCAUCCGCCUGCCCGGGGCUCAGCAGCCAAUGGCUGGUCAGAGGUGCUAUUUAAGACUCGGGCAGUUCAAGGUGGUUCAGAUAUCAGCGCUCUGAGCGCAACCGGACGCACCGAAUUACCCUCAGAACUGAAUACAUCAACUCUUCCGCCUCGAGAGCCGACUGGUUGAAUUCAUUCUUCGAGACAUUUUCUCCAAACGGAAACGGCUGAAUAAGCAAUGAAAACGUGGCGACUUCGGUUUCUGUACUUUCUGGUGUUGAACGUUGCAGCUGUGCCGUCUGUGACGUCUCUGGAGGAAGAGCUCACCGAUUCUAUUUUUGAUAACUUCCUCGACCCCCUGACAGAUUUGUUUGUCCACAAGGAUGACAGCAAUCACACUAUCGCCAGAUUCUCCCUGCGCAAACCAUCGCAUCCCGAUGAUGACCUGUGCUACAUCGUUCCUGGCAAACCGGACUCCCUGGCAGCCUGCGCCUUCAACAGCACCUCCAAGACCUUCCUGGUAAUCCACGGAUGGACGUUGAGUGGGAUGUUUGAAAGCUGGGUGGAGAAGCUGGUGUCGGCGCUGUACGACCGAGAGCAGACGGCCAACGUCAUCGUGGUGGACUGGCUCGCCUCCUCACAGAACCACUAUGUGGUCGCAGCUCAGAACACCAAAGAAGUCGGACGCGAGGUCGCCCGCUUCAUCGACUGGAUCGAGGAAACCAGCAACAUGCCUCUCGAGAACAUCCACCUGAUCGGCUACAGCCUCGGCGCUCAUGUGGCAGGAUUUGCUGGAAGCCACGCAACCAAUAAAGUCGGGAGAAUAACCGGUCUGGACCCAGCUGGUCCUGACUUUGAGGGAGAGCAUGCCCACAGGCGUCUGUCCCCUGACGACGCUCAUUUUGUGGACGUCCUGCACACCUUCACGCGGGGCUUCCUGGGUCUCAGCAUCGGGAUCCAGCAGCCGGUCGGCCACAUCGACAUUUACCCCAAUGGAGGCGGCUUCCAGCCGGGUUGCAACCUCAGGGGGGCGCUGGAGAAGAUCGCUAACUUCGGGUUAUUCGCUAUCACCGAUGCAGUGAAGUGUGAACACGAGCGCUCGAUCCACCUGUUCAUCGACUCGCUGCUGAACAAGUGGGAAGCAGCCAAGGCCUACAGAUGUGGCAGCAAUGACAUGUUCGACCGCGGCAUGUGUCUCAGCUGUCGGAAAAGCCGCUGCAACGCAGUGGGCUACGACGUCAGUAAGGUCCGCAAGGCGCGCAACGUUCAGAUGUACACCAGGACUCGAGCCUCCAUGCCUUUCAGAGUUUACCACUAUCAGCUGAAGAUCCACUUCUCCAGUCAGGUGAAUCGCUCAGAGAUGGAGCCGUCACUCACUGUCUCGCUGUUCGGCACAAAAGGAGAGGUGGAACACCUGGAGCUUCAACUGAAGGAGAAGAUAGCGACGAAUAAGACCCAUUCAUUCCUGCUCGUGACAGAGAAAGAUAUCGGCGAUCUGCUGAUGUUGAAGUUUAACUGGGAGGAGACGAAUGGUUGGUCGGCAUCCAACAUGUUAAAGAUGGUUUCUUCUUGGUGGUCCGGUGACUCAGACAGCGCCAACAUGGAGGUUCACAAGAUCCGCAUCCGAGCCGGCGAGACCCAACAGAAGGUGGUGUUCUGUGUAAAAGACCAUGAAGCUCAGAAAUUAACACAAGAGGUCACAUUUGUUAAAUGUAAGAAUACGUGGAGGACGAACCCGAAGAAAACUCCGAAAAGAGUGACUCUAGAGAAACACUGACGAGGAGAAAAGAACACACCUUUGAACGCCCUCCAGCCCAUUUCAGCACUUUUAAAUUUAUACACCUGUAAAAGUUUGUUGGUUAUUUAAAAAGAAUGUGAGUGUAUACUGUAAAAAUAUUUAUGUGAAGAAAGUUUUUUCUUUCUGUGAACUGUCACUUCAUUGUUGCACCAUAAAAGUAAAACGUGUGGUCGUUGGUGCAUGCGUUGGAUCCAAAGAGACGGAUACGGGUAACCCGGACACUCCCAUACUCUGACUGACUGGAUUUACCUUCAUAGUUCUGGAGGUACUGAUGUCCCAUUGUGUAAAAUACCUCAAGUUAAAUUUCAUAUCGCGGCGGAUCUGAAGAAUAAAAUCUUCUUUGUGUUCAUGGAGGCCUGCAGGCACUUCUCAAAAAGAAGUAACAAUUCCCGUGAAGAUGACUUUCUUACGGUUUUUAUUACAAUAGGGUACCGUUUAUUAUUGUAUUAUGAACUGACUCAGCAUUCACCACUGUGGCUCACUGCACUGUGUGUGACUGUGAGACCGGUAACAGUGUGCCUUACUGUCGACUGACGCAAAUGUCACUCGUUUUAAUGUAGUUGCUGUUUUUCACCUGUGUGUACUUUAUUAUUGUUAUUCCGGAAACCUUUUGAAACAUCUGAACUUUCAAAAGUCGUUUAAAACACUUUGUUUCACUGCUACACUUCUGGAAAAUGUUUCUUUGAAGCUGUUAUCUCAAAUAAGCACCGGACAUUUUGUCCACCGUAGAUCAAUUACAGUUUUAUUGAGGCUCAGUGUGAGUAAAACACCGUUAUUAUGAAUGUAGUCCUUUUUGUUUGACUGUCUAUUACAAGUCUCUCUCUGGCUUUUUAAAUCCGGACGAAUGCUUUUUUUGUUUAUGUUUCCAGUUUUGAGUAAAAUCUAAACCGUGGCUGGUUUGGGAUCGGUACUGUAAUCAUUGCGACUUCAUCGCCACCGACUUCAGCAUUGUUGAAAUGUUUUUUGCACUGAAAAAAUGGGAGAUUGCAAAACCAAGUUACUUGUAGAGUUAUGUAAAUACCUACACACAAAUGUUUGAUUGUGUUGUAUGAAACGCUGUUAGUGAAAUAUUUUUUAGGUCUGGAUGAAUUUAAUCUGUAAAAUGUGCAUUUUGUACAUAUUUGUAAAUAUUCUCUGUACUGUUGAAAUUCUUUCAUAAACCAAAACUGCCACUUGGGUGGUCACCCUGA